AUGAGUUUGGGGUGGGGAGGCGUGGAGUGGGUGGGAGGGGUAGCGCGGAGUUCGGCAGUUUGGGUGUGGGGUGUGCUGCGCGGGAUAGGCGGGGGGGGGUGUUGGGUUGUGGGGUAUGGGGGUGUGGGGGGUGUUGGGGGUGGGGGUGGUGUGGAGGUUGUGGUGGUUGUGGGUGGGUGUGACGGUGUGAUUGGGGUGUGUUUGUUGGGGGGUUUGGUUUUUGUGUUGGUGUGGGUGCUUGUAGGGUGUGGGGGUUGUGGGUUUGUGUUGGUUGUGAGUGGUUGUUGUGUGUUGUUUUUUAAGGGGGGGUGUUGGUGUGGUGGGUGUGGGGGUGUGUGGUUUGUUUGGGGGUGGUGGGGGGUGGGGUGUUUUGGGUGGGGGGAGUGGGGGGGGGGUGUGUGGUUGUUUGGGUUAGGUGUGGGGGUGGGAGUGGUUGGGUGGUGGGGGUGUUGUUGGUUGGGUGUGUUGUUGGUGUGGGGUUUUUUGGUUGGUGUUGGUGGUGGUGUUGUUUGGUUGGGUUUGUGGUUGUGGGUGUGUGGGUUGUUUUGUGAUUUUGUGGUGGUUGGGGUUUUGUGGUUUGUGUGUUGUUGGUGUUGUUGGUUGGGGGGGGUUGGUGGGUUGUGGGUGUGGGUUGGGGUGGUGUUGUGUUUGUGGGUGUGGUGGGUGUGUUGUGUGGGGGUUGGUGUGUGGGGUGGGUGGGGGUGGUGUGUUGGGGUGGGGUGUGGGGGGUGUGUUGGUGGUGUGGUGGGGUGUUGGUGUGGGUUUGGUUGUGUGGUGGGUGGGGUUGGGUUGGGUGUGGUUGGGUUGGGUGGGUUGUUUGUUAUGUGGUUGGGGUUGGGUUGGGUGGGGUUUGUUGGGGGUGGGGUGUGGUGGGGUGGGGGUGUGGUGUGUGGGGUGGUGGGUUGUGUGGGGGGUGGGGUGUGGGUGUUGUGUGGUGGGGUGUUGUGGUGGGUGGGGGUGUGGGGGGUGGGGUGGGGGGGUUGUGUGGUGGUGUGGGGUGGUGGGGGUGGUGGGUGGGGGGUGGGUUGUGGUGUUGGGUGGGGGGUUGGGGGGUUGGUGGGUUUGUGGUGGGGUGGGUGUUGGGUGUUGUGGUGGUGGGGGGGGGGUGUUGGGUGGGUGGUGGGUGGUGUGGGUGUUGUGGUGGGGUGGGGUUGGGUGGGUUUGGGGUGUGGUGGGGGGUGUUGGGGGUGUGGGGGGGGGUGGGGUGGUGGGGUGUGGGUUGGUGGGGGUGGGUGGGGGGUGGGUGUUGUGGUGGGGGGGUGGGGUGGGUGGGGGGGUGGGGUUGGGUGGUUGGGGGGGGGGUGGGGGGGUGGGUGGGUGGGGUGGUGGGUGGGUGUGGGGGGGGUGUGUGGUGUGGUGGUGGGGUGGGGGGUGUUGGGUGUGGGGGUGGGGUGGUGGGGGUGGUGUGGGUGGGGGGUGUGGGUGGGGUGUUUGGGUGGUGUGGGUGGGGGGGUGUGGGGGGUGGGGUGGUGGGGUGGGGGGGUGGGUGGGGGGUGUGGGGUGGGUGGGGGGUGUGGUGUGGGGGUGUGUGGGGUGGGUGUGGGGGUGGUGGGUGGGGGGUGGGGUUGGGGGGGUGGGGUGUGGGGGUGGGGGGGGUGUGGGGUGUUGGGGGGGGGGGUUGGGUGGGGGGGUGGUGGGGGUGGUUGUGGGGGGGUGGGGGGUGGGGGGGUGUGGGGUGGGUGGUGGGGGGGUGGGGUGGGGGGGGGUUGGUGGGUGGGUGGGGUUGGGGUGGUGGGGGGUGGGUGGGUGGGGGUGGUGGGUGUGUGGGUGGGGGUUGGGUGUGGGGGGGGGGUGGUGGGGGUGGUGGGUGGGGGGUGGUGGUGGGGUGGGUUGGGGGGGUGGGUGUGGGUGGGUUGGGGGUGGGGUGGGGGUGGGUGGGUGGGUGGUGGGGUGUGGGUGGGGUGGUGGUGUGGGGGGUGGGGGGUGGUGUGUGGGGGGGGUGGGGGGGUGGGGUGUGGUGGGGGGUGGGGGGGGUGUGGGUGUGGGGGUGUGGGGGGUGGGUGGUGGGGGGUGGGUGGGGGGGGUGGGGGGGUGGUGGGGUGUUGGGUGGGUGGGGUGUGGGGGGGGGGUGUGUUGGGGGGGGGGUGGUGGUGGGGUGGGGGGUGUGGGGUGGGGGGGGUGUGGGGUGGGUGUGGGUGGUGGGGGGGUGGUGGGGGGUGGGGGGGUGUGGGUGGGGGUGGGGGGGGGGGUGGGGGUGGGGGGGGGGUGGUGGGUUGGGGUGGGGUGGGUGGGGGGUGGGGGGGGGGGUGUGGUGGGUGUGGGGGGGGGGGGGUGUGUGGUGUGGUGGGGGGUGGUGUGGGGUGGUGGGGUGGUGGGGUGGGUGUGGGGUGGGUUGGGGGUGUGGGGUGGUGGGGGGGUGUGGGGGGGGUGGGGGUGGGGGUGGUGGUGGGGUGGGGGUGGGUGGGUGGGGUUGUGGGGUGGGGGGUGGUGGGGGUGUGGGGGGGGGUGGGGGGUGGGGGGUGGGUGGUGGGGGGGUGUGGGGGUGGGGUGUGGGUGGGGGGUGGGUGGGGGGGGGGUGGGUGGGGGUGGGGGGUGUGGGGUGGGGGGGGUUGGGUGGGGGGUGGGUGGGGGGGGGUUGGGGGGGGUGGUGGGGGGGUGGGGUGGGGGUGGGGGGUGUUGGGGGUGGGUGGGGGUGGGUGGGGGUGGGUGGGGGGGGUGGGGGGGUGGGGGGGGGGGGGUGGGGUGUGGUGGGGGGGGGUGGUGUGGGGUGUGGGGGUGGGGGGUGGUGGGGGUGGGUGGGGGGGUGGGGUGGGGGGGUUGUGGGUGGGGUGGGGGGGGGUGGUGGGGGGGGGGGUGUGGUGGGUGUGUGGGGUGGGGGGGUGGGGUGGGGGGUGGGGGGGGGUUGGGGGGGGUGUGGGGUGGUGGUGGGGGGGGGUGUGGGGGUGGGGUGGGGGUGGGUGGGGGGUGUGGGGUGUUGGGUGGGGGGGGUGGUGGGUGGGGGGUGUGGGUGGGGUGGGGGUGGGGUGUGUGGGGGGGGGGUGGGUGUGUGGGGUGGGUGGGGUGGUGGGGGGGUGUGGGGGGGGUGGGUGGGGGUGUGUGGGUGGGGGGGGUGUGUGGUGGGGUGGGGGGUGGGGGGGGUGUGGGUGGGGGGGGUGGGGGGGGGGGUGGGUGGGGUGUGGUGGGGUGGGUUGGGGGGGUGGGUGGUGUGGGGGUGGGUGGGUGGGGGUGGGUGUGUGGUGGUUGUGUGUGUUGUUUGGGUGUUGUUGGGGUGGUGUUUGGUGGGGGGGGGGGUUUUGUGUGUUGUUUGGGGUGGUGUGGGUGGGUGUUGUGGUUGGGUGUGGUUGGUGGUUUGUGUGGUUGGGUGUUGUGGGUGUGGUUUUUGUGGGUUGGUGUGGGGGGUUUUGUGUGGGCGCUCCAGUGCGGGCCAAAGGAUGCCACACAGCUCAGAUCACAGCUGAACCCACCGCGCUUUCAGGAGACCCGUCGAAAACCGCAAACAUGGACGCUAUUUUGGAGAGUUUGGCCGCGGACAAACUGUAUCCAUCCGUCAGCAGCAACUUGUUGGAGCUGGAGGAGCUGAGCGAUGGGGAUUUUCUGUCUAACGUGCUCCAUUCAAGCCCUGUGCUCCAGCUGUCCACUAACCCCGCCCUCUCAUUUGCAUACUCCCCUGCCAUUGGUCCACACCUCGCACCUCGCGCGGUGAUUGGCCAGCUGGCUCCACAACUGGAAUGCGAGACGCUCUGGUCACAGCAAGCGCAGGCAUGA